GCAGUAUUUCUGAGUCUACGCUAACAAAAAUAUAGAAGAAGAAGAAGGAGGAGAAGAGCGGGCAGGCUCUCAGCGUCCGCGAAGAAGAGACAACAUUUGGAAGAAACAUGGCUUCCCCUGCCGGUUGUGAGCAUUAUGUCCGCAGCUGCUUACUGAAAGCACCUUGCUGUGAUAAACUGUAUGUGUGUCGGCUGUGCCAUGAUGCAGAGGAAAACCACCAGAUGGAUCGAUUCAAAGUCAGAGAAGUGCAGUGCUCCAAGUGUCAAACAGUGCAGCAGGCACAGCAGACUUGCCAGCAGUGUCAUGUGCAGUUUGGGGAGUAUUACUGUGAGAUUUGCCAUUUGUUUGACAAGGAUAAAAAGCAGUACCACUGUCAGCCCUGUGGAAUAUGCAGGAUUGGGCCCAAGGAGAAGUAUUUCCAUUGCGAGAAGUGCAACUUAUGUUUAGCCCAGGAUCUACGGGGAAACCACAAGUGUGUUGAAAAUGUGUCAAGGCAGAACUGCCCAGUGUGUAUGGAGGAUAUUCACACAUCCAGAAUUGGAGCUCAUGUUCUUCCAUGCGGCCAUCUUUUACACAAGACCUGCUUUCAUGACAUGGUCAGAAAGGGAGCGUAUCGCUGCCCUCUGUGUAUGCACUCUGCCUGGAAUAUGGAGGACCAUUGGGAUCAGAUAGACAUAGAGAUUGCUCAGUCACCAAUGCCCACUGAAUACCAGGGUGCCACUGUCAAAAUUAUAUGUAAUGACUGCCAAGCCCACUGCACAGUGCCUUUCCAUGUGCUGGGUAUGAAGUGCAGUGGCUGUGGCUCCUACAACACAGCACAAGAUGGCGGACUGAUCCAGCAGCCUCAAAGUCUACAGUCAGAGCAGGACACUGAGAAUGAGGCAGAAACCGACACAGAGCCCGAGCAGCAAGAUCAACCUGAGUCACCCACGCAACAUUAGCAUUAUAGCCAGCCACAAUGAGUGACAUUUUACUGGUGCACUUAACUGUUGUAACUUGCAUUGAUUGUAACAGUAGACUGAGCCAGUAUUCCUUGAUUGUACAUACUUUAAAAAAUCGAUCUAUUUUCUGUACCAUCUUAUUGUCCUCAGGGUAGGAGCCUAUCCCAGUAUGCACCGGGUGAGAUGAAGGGUACACCCUGGACAGGUUGCCAGUCUAUGACAAGACUAACACAUACAUACACACAUUCACACCUACUUACAGUUUAGAGUUAUAAUUCAUCUGAUCUGCAUGUCUUAAGACUGUGAGAGGAAACCCACAAAAACAUGACGAGAGCAUAGAAACUCCUCACAGAAAGGUCCCAAGUGGUAGACUGAUUCUAACCCAGGACGGUCUUGCUGGGGGCUGACUAUGAUGGCACCAUGAUGAAGAAAUGAACAGAUUAACUAACAAGUGAGGAGGUGCUGGUGCUUUAAAGGCUGUACAGCAUCUGACCAGUCAUGAUUGUUUUCUGUUAAGUUCAGGGACUGUUGUCCUGUUUAAAUGCUCUCAGUAAAACAUUGUUUGAACAAAGGUGUGUUUUAAUUAAAACUAGCUUCAGCAAGAAGUCAACAUAAUUGUAGUAAGUCUGCACACUAACUAACUUAACUGACAAGCUGAUAGCACAACACAAGGCAGUGGCUAUAAAAGAUCAGUAAAAGUGGGAUCCACACACAGGAAUUAGAAAUAGACUGAGUGAAAGAGAAAAGGUUACAGAGCAUUUGUGCAGAAAUAAACUCCAAAAGGUACACAUGUUUCAGUCCAUUUGUGGACUAUCCUCAGUGUACCCCUUGUCCUGGUCAAUUUUUGCUGUUCUGCAUGUGAGCCACACGUUAAACAGAUAACAUUUUUCUACAUUUGAUUUAAUUUAUGGGUGUAGAUUUCAUUGACAUCUGUGAUCAGUAAUUGAUGCUUUAAGUGUUGAAAUCUCUAAAAGUUUCAGCCAAAUGGCCAGAACUUCUAGGUCUGGUCAUGUACUUGUACAGGUUUAUAAAAACUGAAAUAAAAUAGGCUAGUAUUUAGAGUUAUGAUAAGCUGAGAAGUAUUAAAAAUGAUACAAACAUUUUUAACUGGCAAGUUAAACAAUUCAUUUAUGUCUGUAAAUGUCCUUUUAAUUGAAAUGGUUGAAUGAUUACUGAUUGGGACUUUAAUGCUAAUUUUCUAAAGUCAGCCAAGCAGAUGACAUAUUAUCUGAAAUAGCAUUGGAAACAUGUUCUAAUAGUACUGUCAUUUUUGUUACGGUGUUGUGACAAAUAAUCUUUGUGUUUUUUUGUCUGCUGGUAUUAAGUUUGGUUACCUAAUGACAGCAACUGGAGAGGAGAUAACUUCUGUUGUGAAUUGGCGCUAUAUAAAUAAAAUUUGACUUGACUUAAAUCAAACUCCUAAUAAAAAACAUAACUUGAAACAA